GUUUAAUUUGCUGGGCAAAUAUAUGUGCAUUGUGUCAUUGACCCAAGUGCGCGCGCAGCUACCUUUCCCCCACCAAUUAUACAUUACAUCGAUCGAUCUCCGGCCAGCGUCGUUCAGCCGGCCGGCCAGAAUAAGAGCACGGGUACUGUUAUAUGAUGGCUGAGCUGCAAGGUCAUCAGCAAUGGAAGCUGGAGGAGGAGGAGGAAGAAGGAGGAGUCGGAGAGAAGGGAGCAGUAGGAGUGGUGGCGUUUGAAGGAGAGGAUAAGGAAAGCGUGGAGUACAAAGCUGCUUACCUUCAUCAGGACGAAUUAGGGAAAAGCGGGCCAGGUGGGUCACUCCACGAAGCGAUGGCGGAGGUGGCGCGGUGGUGGAAGGAGGACGAUGAGGCCGCCGCGGCGGAGGCCGAGGGAGCUGCUCUGCAAGAAAGACGACCUCGCCGCCGCAAACACGCCAUUACAGCUACUACCAUUACUCAAACCGAAGAAGAUCCAGAAGAAGAGCAUGAGGAAAGAUUGGUGACCAAUAUUUCUUCCUUGAUUGAGGACACCGGUAACAGAUCCUCUAAUGGAUAUUUUGCAAUAAAAUAUGAAAGCAUUGAGCAUUCAAUUUCUGGGACAAGUUCUCAAGAUGGGAACAUGGAUGUCCCAAUAAAUGAUUUUGAAACUCAAAGGCAUCCUAGUAGAACAAUUACUAAGCAAGAAGAAAUUGUAAGCGAGAAAAUCUUACCUGGUUUUAAAGUUGUGUCUUCUAAAAAGUCAGAAGAAGCCAUUCAUCUUACUCCUUCUAACAAUGUGACAACAAAACAAGCGCAUGUUAACUUAAUAAAAGGAAGUGAAGGAGAAGUAAUAGAAGUAGAUCUUGAGAGGUGGUUAGAAGAUCCAGAAGCAUAUGAUUUUUACUGCCCUAAUUGUAAUUGUUGUGUAAAAAAAGUUAUACUUCGUAAAAGAGAACGUGAACGUACGUCUGCACAGCGUGAUGAGCCAGUCGAUGUUUUCAGAUGCACAUCUUGCUUCAGUUUCCUCAUUGUUGCAGGGCAUCAGCUUGCAUCUUUUUUUGUACCAGACAAGGAGGGGACAAUUGAUCACGGAUACAGGAACUGGCUUCGGCUGGAUGUACAAGAGAGUGAUUCAGCUGCACAUCCAUCACAUGCAGCUAAUGAAUCAACUAAUGAUGGAGUUGUAAUUAAUGCGCCUACUGAACCCCAAGAAUCCCAAGAAGAUACUGUAACUUCUCCAGUAUUAGAACCCAAGGAACCUAAUGAAGGGAUAAUCAAUGUCAGAUGGAACUCAGCUAAUGCAAAGAAAACGAAUGAUACAGGAAAUUGGUUCAUAUCUCUUUUUAUACCUAACAAGAAGGAAGUUACAUUUGAUCCAGGAUAUGACUGCCAGCUGGAUGUGCAAGUGACUGAUUCAUCUUCGCACAUAUCACAUAUAACAGAUGAAUUAGAAUCUGGAAAACAAGGAGGCCGAGAAAGCACUGAAGUGAUAGUCAAUGUUGGAGGGAAAUUAGAUGAUGCAAUGAAAAGGAACGACAUAGAUGAAAAUGACAUGCAACGGGACCUGGACUAUGGAGGGCCUAAAAAUGAAAUUGAAGAGAAACGUGACAUCUAUCUUCAACAGAACAUUGAAGAUUUUAAAGCAGGGCCAGAAAAACCAACAGUUCAACGGAUUAAGCAUGUCUCUUCCUGUCCCGAAGUAGCAAUUCCACAAAGAAAAGGUGCUAAAGGAUGGGAGAUCUUAAAAAGCAUUGUGUAUGGUGGUCUAAUUGAAUCAAUCGCGAGUUUAGGUAUUGUGACAUCUGCAGCAGGCGCUGAUGCUGACACAGUGAACAUUCUGGCCUUGGGACUAGCAAAUCUGAUAGGUGGACUUUUUAUUAUUGGUCAUAAUCUCAUGGAGCUGAAAAAUGAUCGCUCUCAAGAGACCUCUACUCAAACCAGCGGGCAAGUAGAUCGCUAUAAAGAGCUACUGGGGCAGAGAGAGAAUUUUUUACUCCAUGCGACGUUUGUUGUGUUAUCUUUCCUCAUUUUUGGCAUGGUACCUGUUGUAACUUAUGCCUUCUCAUUUUGGGAGAGUGACAUUAAGUACCUCAAGCUUGCAGCAGCAAUGGCAGUUUCCCUUUUCUGCAUUAUUGUACUUUCCAUCGGGAAGGCUCACAUCCAGAGGCCACCCAAGUUCAAUGUCUACAUCAAGACUGUGCUGUACUAUGCAUGCAAUGGGGUUAUCGUCUCAGGCAUUUCUUAUAUAGUGGGCGACCUAGUAAUGAAACUCAUGGACAAGCUAGGUUGGUUCAAGUCAAGUGAAGCUGUUGCUCUGUCCCUUCCUGGCACAAGAUCACUGAAGCCAUCCUGGGGCUCCUAUUGAAGUCCUGAAUCCAAACACAAAGAUGCUAAUGAUUGAUGUUCAGAAUAAUCUUGCAGUGCUGCGAGUUACCAGUUUCAUUUUAAUGGUCAAAAUGAUGAUUGUCACUGGCAGUGGGUUUUUUAAUGAGUUGUACCAUUUUUGGUAGCAUUUUUUUUUUGUCAAAAUUUUUAGUUGCAUUGAAAAUAAUGGAUUGAACAUGAAUUUGAUCGAAAGCUGUUUGGAAUGAUGCUCUGGUGCUGCAGGAUGUCUGCUGCAUUAUAAGUGUUGAAACCAACAAGCACUAUUGACAUUGGUUUAACAGUGAA